CUAUAGCAUCCAGCGGGACACUAAUACUCAAAAGAAAAAAAUUCCUCACGUCAUUUACCUGUUUCUAUGGACAAUUAAUAAGAUGCUGUAAACAUAUAUAAACAAACCGGUAAAUGUGAAAAUAGCUGGCAAAAGGAAAUAAAUAACAUUACAGAAAUAAGGUGAUCAACCGAUCAAACUUUGGGAGUGCGACGAGUUAAAUUCUUUGAUAUUUUCGUAUUCUAAUUUUGGUCACGUACUUUUUUGAAGUUUAAUUUAAAAUGGGUUUCAGUGAUGCGACACUUUUUUUAAAGAUAGGAUUCGUUUUGCUGAUAGUUGCAUUAAUUCUACAGCUGCUAGGAAUAGCCCUGCCGUUCUGGUAUUCGAAAGACUACGGCAAUUACGAAAGCUAUGGUGGACUUUUCAGGGGGUGCCAUGAAUCGUCAAGUUCGAACACUAAAAUAUGCGCUACGUGGAAAAAUGUUACAGACUGGUGGGCUGCAGUGCAAGCUUUUAUGCUGAUUGGAUUCUUCUUGAUCAUUGGGGCGCUUGUGCUAAGUAUAAUUGCUGUUUUCAUCAAGAGUGACAUGAAAAUACUAAAGCUCAUCUGUUGGAUCCUCUGUUUCUGUGCGUGUGGAUUUAUCAUAAUCGGUAUCAUCAUCUACGGGGCGGAGGCAAGCAGUGUCUAUGCAGAAUAUUCAGGAGCGUUUGCAGUAGCCAUCAUCGCCGGAAUCAUUUGUCUAGCCGCCGGCAUUCUGGUUCUGCUGGACUGGAUGGGCAAGACCAUGUAAAGCAUUCAGUCUGGCAGUCGUCAUCAAAUUUUAUUAAUCACAAGUACCUUGGAAGGAUUUCAGUAAUGUAUACAGCUGCAUUGGCUUACUUAAUGUCAUCGAUUAAAUUACAAUAAUCAGUAACAUCAUCUCUGUAAUCUGCUGAUUUAAAUUACCUUUCCAGUUAUUCAUGUUUAUUUAUGAUUUCUUUGAACAUAACCAACGACGGUGAGUCAUUCAAAAUUCAUUCAAAAUGAAAUAAGAAAGUGAUAGUGAGUAUACAGAAAUACUACAAACGAAUCGAGAAUAUCUUAGAUAAUUGAUAAAUUGUGGUAACAUGUACAAUUGAAACUGAUUAUCUAUCCAACGUACUUGUGAGGUCGUCAUUUUUAUAAAGUGUUACUCUUUUUUGUACAUUUCAUCGUAGACGCUUGAGUGAUUUCCCUUUAGUUUGAAAGUGAAUGAGUCUGUGAUCAUUAAAGCAACUCAUAAUUUCAUUUAUAUUAAAUCACAUAUAAUAUGAACGAGAGGCACGCCUUAGGGUGAAUUAAAUGUAUCCAUUUUGAAAUAAAAUCUGUUACAUGUAUUGUAUCUUAUUUAUGAAUGGUUUAAUGCAUGUUUGUAAUGGAGAAAAAUGUACAAACUCACUUUUAAUUAAUUGGUUAAAGAGGAAUAACUCUGAGAAGACUGGCAGAUUUAGAAGUACUAUAGUUAUAUUUGCUGAACUUCUCGACAGUGUAUAAGUGAAGCACAGAAAAUUUCGCUUUAGAUAAUAAUCUACUACUGUGCGAAUUGAUCAACUUGUGUAAGUGAAGCGCAGAAAUUCUUAGAUGCAGCUUUAGAUAACAGAUGCAGCCUUUUGCUUUAGGUACUCUACUACUGUACGAAUUGACUAACUUGUGUAAGUGAAGCGCAGACAUUCUUAGAUGCAGCUUUAGAUAACAGAUGCAGCCUUUUGCUUUAGAUACUCUACUACUGUACGAAUUGACUAACUUGUGUGAGUGAAGCGCAGAAAUUCUUAGACGCAGCUUUAGAUAACAGAUGCAGCCUUUUGCUUUAGAUACUCUACUACUGUCCGAAUUGACUAACUUGUGUAAGUGAAGCGCAGAAAUUCUUAGAUGCAGCCUUAGAUAACAGAUGCAGCCUUUUGCUUUAGAUACUCUACUACUGUACGAAUUGAUCAACUUGUGUAAGUGAAGCGCAGAAAUUCUUAGAUGCUGUCCUUUUCUUUAGGCAAUAUACCUUUGCACAAAACGGAAGUAGAAAUAGCAAGUGUCGGGAAUGAAUGCUGUUUUGAAGCUGUUGUUAUUUUCACAUUUUCGCACAAUGUAACCUGGGUAUAGCAUAUUAUAAAGAAUAUAUAACACUAUCAAAUUCCGAACGAUUGUGUAACGAUACUAUAUGGUCAGUAUAUACAUAUUGAAGGUCACUUUUAUAUGGUUUCUAGUCAAGUUAUCUAAUACGCGACUCUUGUUAGUAUUUCAAUAAGAUAAUCCUCGUCUCACUGUACAUAGUUUAUUGUGGUUACUACUGCAUAAUGCUAGGGUUUGUAUUAUUUAUACAAUGGUGUGACAGACUGUAAGACUAUUCUUUUAUUUACUGAAUAAACUCUACUAC